GUUGCUCCCAAAUGUAGACUAAAUUUACGUGGUGGUGCAAGUAAUAUAGUGAUUUUAGAAAUCAGAUAUGUAACCCAUAUAGACUUUAUGAUUACACAGUCAACUAAAUUAAAGCAGUGGUGAGCUGCUAAUUAUCUAGCCAUGGCAGUUUGGUGGAGGAAUAUAAUCAGCUUAAGGAGGCAGCUAAGCUAUCUGUAUAGCAGAGACAUUGCAUCAUAUAUAAUUGUUCAACAAUCAGUUCAAAAAAUACGUUAUCAUUCAACAUUGAGGCGCAAGAUUUCUGAUGCUGCUCCAGAUAUACGUAGAGCGAACAAGAACAUCACAAAUUUGAUUCGAAAUGGUCGAUUAGAGGAUGCUCGGGAAUUAUUUGAUAAGUUAAUACAUCGAAAUACAGUUACUUGGAACUCAAUGAUUAGUGGGUAUGUGCAACAGCGUGAGAUUGUGAAAGCACGGUACCUGUUUGAUGAAAUGCCACAGAGAGAUGUUGUUUCUUGGAAUUUGAUGAUUUCUGGUUAUUUGUCUUGUAGAGGGAAAGGGUAUUUAGAGGAGGGUAGGAAUCUGUUUGAUGAAAUGCCUGAGAGAGAUUAUGUUUCUUGGAAUACUAUGAUUAGUGGGUAUGCUAAAUGUGGGAGAAUGGGUGAAGCAUUGGAGGUUUUUGAAUGUAUGCCAGUGAAGAAUGUUGUGUCUUGGAAUGCAGUGAUUUCGGGUUUUUUGCGUAAUGGGGAUGUGAAAACUGCUGUUGAGUAUUUUAAGAGAAUGCCAGAGAGGGAUUCAGCUUCUUUUAGUGUACUGGUAUCGGGGUUGAUACAGAACGAGGAAUUGGAUGAGGCGGAACAUUUUCUCUAUGAAUUUGGAGAGAGUAGUGAUGGGAAAGAAGAUAUGGUUCAUGCGUAUAACACUUUGAUUGCUGGAUAUGGUCAGAAAGGAAGAGUUGGUGAUGCUAGACGCAUUUUUGAUAAAGUUCCAUCUUGUAGUGGUAAGGGAAUUAGCAAAAAGAAGAGAUUUGAGAGGAAUGUCGUAUCGUGGAAUUCCAUGAUCCUGGCUUAUAGCAAAGCAGACGAUAUGGUUUCUGCUAGGGAACUUUUUGAUCAGAUGACGGAGAGGGAUAUAUUUUCAUGGAACACAAUGGUUUGUGGCUAUGUCCAUGCCUCAAAUAUGAGUGAAGCAUCAAAUCUGUUUUCUAAAAUGCCAAAUCCUGAUGUACUAACAUGGAAUUCAAUCAUCUCUGGAUAUGCACAGGCGGGAAAGUUGGAAUUGGCACAUGAUUAUUUUGAAAGGAUGCCCCACAAGAAUCGGGUUUCUUGGAAUUCAAUGAUCUCGGGGUGUGAAAGAAAUGCAGACUAUGAAGGAGCAAUAAAGUUAUUCAGGGCGAUGCAACAGGCAGGAGAGAAACCUGAUAGACACACACUCUCCUCACUUCUAAGUGUUUGUGCUGAAACUGUGGCAUUGUUCCUGGGUAUGCAGAUUCAUCAGUUAGUGACAAAGACUGUUAUACCAGAUAUACCUUUAAACAAUUCCCUAAUAACUAUGUAUGCAAAAUGUGGCAAAAUACAUGAAGCAAGGGCAAUUUUUGAAAAGAUGAAAUUUCAAAAGGAUGUAAUCUCAUGGAAUGCAAUGGUCGGAGGAUAUGCAUCUCAUGGUUUUGCAUUUGAAGCGCUAGAGCUUUUUGAAUUAAUGAAGUGCCUUAAAGUGAGGCCAACUCACAUCACAUUCAUUUCAGUUCUGAAUGCAUGUGCUCAUGCUGGUUUAGUGGAACAAGGUCGGUUAUAUUUUAAAUCUAUGGAAUCUGAAUUCGGCAUCAAACCUGAGAUUGAACAUUUUGGCUCCCUUGUGGAUAUUGUUGGUCGAGAUGGGCAGUUUGAGGAGGCCAUGAAAGUGAUUAACACUAUGCCAGUGGAGCCAGAUAAGGCUGUCUGGGGUGCAGUACUAGGUGCUUGUAGGGUGCACAACAAUGUUGAGUUGGCACGAAUAGCAGCUGAAGCACUAAUGCGCCUUGAACCAGAGAGUUCAGGCCCUUAUGUUUUGCUUUAUAACAUGUAUGCCGAUGCUGGAAGGUGGGAUGAUGCAAAUGAAAUUAGAAUGUUGAUGGAAACAAAUAAGAUAAGGAAGGAGCCCGCUCAUAGCAGGGUCGGCUCUACUUCCUCAUAGUGAUUUCCGAAAUUGUGAAUCUUGAUCACUCGAAGAAUUUGGAUUGAGUUGACUAUGUUGGGGUUUAAGUCAUUAGAAGGAAGACGUCACAUGCAGUGUCCUGCUGAGCAUUUGCAGUAUUCCUUGCUUUGACAAAUAAUGCAACAAUGCCGUUAAACUCCUAUUUGAUGUUUGGAGCAUUUAUGUCUGCAGUUUUAGUAUUGGAGUUCAAAGAAUUGAGCAUAGUGAAUUCUAGUGAGCCAGAAGCUUGUUUCAUGAAGAAACACCACUAACACAGCAUCAACUCUACUGAUAACAUUGCAUGAUUGCCAGGUUCGUUUGUGCCUUUUAUCUAUAGUUGUUAUAAAAUAACAAACACAUAUAAGACGACAAAUAUAGAGAACAAAUUUUUGAGGCAUUUUAUAUCCCUUGAAGUUAAUGUAUUCGAAAAAUUGAUUUUAUUCUUUAUUUGUGUAUAUAUAUAAAAGAACUACUGCAAAACUUUUCAAAAAAUUGCUGCCUGUUUUUUUGGAGGAGCAUAUUGCAGGCUUCCAACAGAAGCUACUUGCUUGAUUGCAAGUCUCUGGAAGAAGCUACUACAAGACUUUCAAUAGUUGCUUGCAACACUGCUCUCUGAUAUCAAGCAUUUCCACCUGAACAAUCAGAAAAGAGAUCAAAGCUUAUUAGGAUGGAGAACGUUAACAUCGAUGCCAAUGCUCCAACUCCUCAACAUGUAUUCAAAUAACUGAAGAGGAACCUGUGGGGUUUGAGGAUGAUGCUGAGAUGCUAAUUCAUUUACUGACUAAAGAAACAGAGGAUUUGGAUAGUAUAUCUAUUGUUGGCAUGCCUGGUCUAGGGAAGGCAACUUUGGUCACAAAGAUAUUCAAAGAUCCUUCUAUUGUUUUGUUCGCUUUGACAUUCUAGCAUGGUGUACUUUCUCACAAACAUAUAAUAUGACACAGCUGCUAUCGACAUCUUUGGGCAAGUCGCCGGUGUGAAAGCACCAUGUGCAUUCCAGUGACAGUCUGGCUGAUAUGUUGCGCAAAUGUUUGAUUGGCAAAUAAUAUCUCGUGUUGGAUGGUAUGUGGGAAGUCGAGGCGUGGGGUUAGUUAAGAUUCUGUUUUCCAGUUGGUGGAAAUGGAAGCAGAAUUAUCGACUUAAAGAAGUAGCAGAUGAACUCAUGCGACAUGAUGAUCCAUAUUGUCUUGGAUUCGUUUGAAAAUGUUGCUAAAGUAACUGAAAAUGAAACUUUACCCCCUGAACUCCGGGUGCUGGAAUACAAGUUCAUUUGAAGAUAUCGUGGCUUUGUCAAUGUAGUGCUGAAAAUUUUUCCCCAAGGAAAACAUGUAUUAAGCGAGGUAUUGAUCCCUAAUCGUUUUUGGUAGUGUAUUAAUAAAAAUAAUGCAUCCAUUAACUCUGUAUAUUAGUAAUAUCUUAUUUGGUACAUUUUUU